AACGGCCAUUAUCAGCUAGGGUCCAUAAAGAAGAUCCCCUUUCUUCUCCCUUUCUAUUGUCCAUUUUUUUUUUAAAUUUCAUUUCCCAUUCUCUUCUGCAAUGUCGUCUAACAACAAAUCUCCCAUUUUUCCCUUCCCACAACCUCAACACUUCACUGACUAUGUAUUUGACACUCAAGUCGACUACUUUCAGAAAAAUAUUUUGGAAGAAACGCGGAAACACAAGAGCUUGUCAAGAUCCUUAGACGCGUUCCGUUUCAAGCCUCAAAAGCCCAUUUCCAAGGAGGACACAUCCCGGAAAUUCAAGAAGAGCGGCGGCCGGAAACGGUGGUGGAAGAGCGCUCUGCUAUUCUUCAAGUGGAAUACCACCGCCGGCGCCGCCCCACUCGCCAAAACCGAGGGUGAUUCCACCGAGCGUGGGGCCAACCGUAACCGUGCGCGCGUGAGAUCCGUGUAUGGGCCGGUGUACUACAUCAGCGAUAGUCGAAGUGGCUCCGGCGGGAAACCUUACCGUACCACCGGCCGGCCGUCGUCUGUCCCACUCGCCGGAACUUUGACUCCGUCCGGUAAGGGUGAGAUGGAGAUGGAGAUACCGUACGUUAGUCUCAGGGAUCUUAACAUGGAGAAGCAGCAGCAUUAUAGGAUGUCUGCACCCUCUACCUUACCAGUCUAUUUGGUCACCUAAAACUUAGACUGAUAAUUAAUAAUUAUUGUUGGAUUGAUUGCUGAGUUGAAUUACAACGACUCUUUUUUUUUUUUUCCUUUUUAAAUUAUAUUUCCAAACGCAUUAAUUGAUAUUACUCGUAUUAGUCUCCGAGGAAAUUCACUUGUUUCUCUUUAUUUAUUUUCUUGAUGUUGCGAAAAAGAUUGAAUCCUCAAAUUCAAGGGCUUCACGUCCCAGUCGGACUAUUUGAGAUGAUGUAAAUUAUGACAAUUCAGUUAAAUAUAGGGAUUUUAUUUAUUGUACAUAAGUAGUCCUCAUCACUAUUAGACUUUGAGAUGUUACUUUUCAA